GUCACUCACACGUUCUCCGCGUUUUGUACUAUACGUUUGUCUAUUAUCUGUGUUUCGCUUUUAUAGUAUACGGCCUGUGUUUACUGUUGCUACGAAAUGUACGGGGCUGAGAGGGGGGUCCUCGAGUUCCGUAGGUCCAUCUCAGCUAGGAAGAAUAUCGGUCAGAUCCGUGAUCCGGACAAGCCGGAUACGCCACCCCCUCCAGUACUCGAGCCAACUAUUACUCUUAGAGUGCACGAUAGUGCGCACAGAAAGAGACUAGCUACUGCUAACAAAAGGUGUUUUGAUGCAGACUCUGUCGCUAUUAACUGUGAGGGGCGAGACGGGCUUCUUUACGUGCUGGGUAGAGAUAAUACUCGUUUGAACAAAUGGAGGAUAGAACGAGGAGCCCUUAUAUUCCCUGACUGGAGCAAAGGGGAGAUUAUACUAGGGGGAAAAGAUGACGUCAGAAAGGAACUAAGAAAUGAGAUAUUGGAGCUGAUCGAAGAAAAGGACGUGUCAGAGUUCUACGUUCCCCAAGUUGUGAACAUGUCUUUCUUGGUGGGUCACAACUGUAGAAACCUGAAGAAGAUUGAGGAGAAAACAGGCACUUUUCUCCGGCCAAAGGGGUCUCAUAAGACCGUCAUGAUAGCAGGACAAGAUCGGCCCUCUAGAGAGUUCGCUAAAAAGAUGCUCAAAGAACUCUGCGGCAACUUAUUCCCGACAGCCAGCUCACAUCUCCAAAUAAACGGUAACGUACCCCGUACAGCCACCGUGGUCUUCAUGGACAAAGACUUCGGCUACAUCCCUCCCCUUGCUACAGGCCGACACGCCAAAGUGCUAGGAAUCGAGGAAGGACAGGCGUUUUUAGAGGACACUGAGGACAACAAGCUGUGUCUCUUAGAACCGUACGCUGAAUCAGACGGAGCGUUGCAGCAAGCUAGACCCUUGGGUUCCCUGUUGCAAACCAACACGGAGUUUAUCCAACAGUCCCUCUUUCAUUUCCUCAACGAAGUUCGGCCCCACAAAGGAAUGAUCAGUCUAAAGGGAUCGUACGGAAAGAUAUUGUUCCUAGAUUUGAGUGAAGAUGUUUCGUCAGUGUGUUGGAGCAUAGAGGAGUUUGCUUACCAAUCGAUGCUUUUCAACCUACGAACUAUCUUCAGUCCAAGGUGUGAUUUGAUGGAAGAAAACAUAUCAGAUAAACUUGGGGGUAAUCUUGAAGAAUGUAACAUGAAAUAUGAGUUCGCAAUGAUAGACAAAACACCAAAAGACAAGAACAAGUGUAGGAAUGUGGUAGUCCAUGUGAAGCACACUGUUGAAGACGAAGCGGCUGGGGAUCAUAGAUUCGAGAUCGUUCACAUCGUCAGCAGCGAAAAGAAACAUAAGGAGUUUACAAAGUCAGGAGACCUGAAUCCGAACCGAACAGAGCGGUUCUGUGCGAACGUAGCGUGCGUGGACCGUAAAGUAGAUCUGCAGAUAAGGGUCGAGUGUGCUCAUGUCAUACCUCACGAAAACUUCAGCACGUUUGUUGAGAGACUACAAGUAAUGCCAGACGAGAGCGUACCCGGCAACCCUGCUGUAGCAUUCGAAUGUGAACAGAACCAGACCAUUAUCAGCGUCAACAAGAUUGCAGAGACGGUGAUAGGCAUCGGAAGUAUAAAGAUAGUGAUAUCAAGCGUAACCAGGGGGAGUAUAACUAGAGACAGUAUUUCUAGAGACACUUCGUUGGUAAAGUUCGAGUCCACUCCUUACACCAAAAUAGAGGUUUGCAGUAAAGUAUGGGAGGGAGCAUUCAACCAGAACGUACUUGCUGCGUACGACGAGGCGGGUACCUCUAAAAUGACAUGGUCAGCUGAACAGAUCUUAAUGAAAGAUUUGGAGGACUUUAUGAACGUUGCACAGAACGCUUCUAAGUAUGUCAAGCCAGAAUGAGUGGAUGUUUUGAUGUUUCCUGUGUUGCAGAGGAUAAACUCUGAUGGUUGCAAAGGGUAGCUUGCAAACAAUGAUGACUUAUGACAGAAGCUGUAAAGUCAGCUGGACAGUGCAGAGAAUUGGAGUAGUUUUGUUGCGAAGGGAAAGUUCCAUUAUAGCCGAUUGAUUCAGACUCAGAGGAACUUGAUCUAUAUAAUAAAUGUAUUAAACAUGUUGAUAUUUUACCGUAAACUUAUGUUUCGUAGCUUUGAAAUAUUUUUAUGUCUUGUGCAUCCCAGACUUUCUUUAACAAAUUGGAAAACCUAGUGACAAAAAUAAUGUUUCUGCUGAGCUGCGAUCUUAUUGCAUUUUGAUCAAGGAGUCUGUCUAAUGUCUAUGUUUUGUACCUUACAUUUGAUAUUUUUAAUAAAGAUUGUAUGUAUAUUUUAAUCAUAUUAAUUUAACGUUGAUUACCAAAUU